AUGAAGCUGCAUGCUACCUUCUCUUACUUUGUCACGAGGAAACCUACGGUUGAACAGCUCAAUGAUGUUCAUCCUAAUCACGUCUACAUGUUGACACCAGAGGAGUUUGAUCCACACAAAUCUUCCGAUGCGCAGACUGAAGAUCAUCUUGUCAAUUAUGAUGGCGAAGUCGCUGAUGCUCGGAACCGUUCCAAGCUUUUCAUUUCAGAUAUUGAAGAUGAUCCCACGAUGACUGUGUGUGCAAUGUCGAAUAUGAGAAUGGAAGAACAGACUCUUGUUGAUGAGUUCGUUCUAGAGGAGAGGGAUGCUGAUGAAGGCCUAUUGGGACAACCUUUCAAUGUCGACCUUGCCUCUAUCUCAAGUAUUUUCUGUGAGCGCACAUUGAGUCACCGUCUCUCCACUCGUCGUGAAGUUUUGAAAAUUCAUCGUCAUCUGGAUACCUACGAUCCCAAUCCAGCGUAUGAGGUUGAAUUCGACGAUGGGACGGUCAGGGAUUAUGGAGCAACUACCAUUGCUGAAAACCUUCUCACGCAGGUGGAUGACGAUGGUUACUCGAACACGAUGUUCAAAGCUAUUGUUGACUACAAGAGAGAUCCAAAGGUGGCUGUCUCAGAGGAGAAGUGUUAUGUCAUGAGCAAGAAUGGACAGAGACGAACCCGAAAGACCACCAAAGGAUGGAAACUGAUGCUCCUAUGGAACGAUGGGACACAGUCUUGGAUUGACUUGAGUGUCUUGAAGGAAUCAAAUCCUGUUGAUGUUGCUGAAUUUGCCAAAGCGCAUCAUAUUGAUGAGGAACCUGCAUUCCGCUGGUGGGUACCUCAUACACUCAGAAAGCGAGACAUGAUCAUCUCUGCUGUUAAGGCCCGUGUCAGAAAGACUACGCACAAGUACGGUAUUGAAAUACCAACAAGUGUAGAGCAUGCAAAGAGACUUGACGCCCAAAAUGGUAACAACUUGUGGAUGAAAGCAUUAUCUAAGGAAAUGUCCAAUAUUGGUGUUGCGGUUGAAGUGCUGGCCUAUGGCGUGCUAGCACUUCCUGGAUAUUCAAAGGUCACCGGUCAUCUAUAUGCAGGAGUGGUAUCACGUGAGAGUGUCAGAAUUGCCUGCACCUACGCUGCCCUGAAUAACCUGGACGUUUUUGCUGCCGAUAUCCGAAAUGCUUACCUUCAAGCACCCUCAUCCAGAAGGGACUAUAUCAUUUGUGGCCCUGAAUUUAGAUUGGAGAAUGUUGGAAAGGUUGCCUUGAUUCAUCGUGCCUUGUAUGGCGGAAAGACCGCAGGACGGGAUUUCAGGAACCAUCUCAGAGCUUGUAUGCAUCAUCUACAUUUCCUGUCGUGCCCUGCUGAUCCCAAUGUUUGGAUGCGUCCUGCUAUGAAGGACGAUGGCUCCGAAUACUGGGAAUAUGUCCUUCUAUACACUGAUGAUGCUCUGUGUGUCUCUAUGAAUCCAGAAAGGGUUCUCCGAAAGGAACUUGGGAAGUAUUUUGAGCUGAAAGAGGAGAGCAUUGGCCCUCCAAAAAUCUAUCUUGGCAGUAAUGUACGAAAAGUUGAGUUGGAUACUGGUGUUCAAUGCUGGGCAUUUGGAUCCUCCCAGUAUGUCCAAGCCGCUGUCAAGAAUGUUGAGAGAUACCUCAAUGACCGUUCCAAGGCAGGAGAUGAGCGAUUUAAACUGAAGCCCAAGGCAAUGACGCCGAUGCAGACCUCCUUCCGGCCUGAGCUUGACGUGAGCCCAGAAUUGGAGCCGUCUGAUGCCUCAUAUUAUCAGUCGCUGAUCGAAGUCCUACGAUGGAUUGUUGAGCUUGGAAAAGUUGAUAUCUGCCUUGAAUGUUCUUUGAUUUCUUCGCAACUGGCUAUGCCAAAAGUAGAACAUUUGCAUCAAGUGCUGAGCAUUUUCUCCUAUUUGAAAUCUCAUCACAACGCUGAGUUGGACCUUUCCUACAACUUGAAGGAAGAGCUGCCUCCAAACCAGCCAGAACCAAAAGGCAUUGGAUUUGUUACAACUGCCAAAGUGGAUGCUGACCAUGCCUCUGACACAACUACGAGACGUUCUCGAGCCGGUUUCUUUGUGUCGGUAAAUGGUGCAUUGGUGUACUGGAUGGCAAAGAAGCAGACUGCAGUUGAGUCUAGCAGCUUUGGAAGUGAAUUCUGUGCAAUGAAGUUGUGCUGUGAAUAUCUUCGUGGCUUGCGAUACAAGCUAAGGAUGAUGGGGAUUCCUGUACUUGGCCCGUCCUUUAUCUAUGGAGAUAAUAAGUCGGUGUUGGCCAAUACAAGUAUCCCUGACUCUCAAUUGAAGAAGAAAUCUCAGUCCAUUGCAUAUCACUUCAUCCGUGAAGGAGCUGCAAAAGACAAAUGGCGGACGUCGUAUGUCAACACUCAUGAGAAUGACGCUGAUUUAUUGACUAAGAAACUGCCCUAUGGUCAAAAGCGACGAAAGUUUGUGAAUCGCCUGAUCCAUCAUGUCUAUGAACAUAACUAA